GCGUGAUUGCAGUCCCAGGGGAGGGAGUCAGAGCUAGAACGCCAAUUACAAACCACAGGCUUCCUGCUCUAGGAGCUGAUCCAGAAUUGUCUUUCUGGAAGGGAAGCACUCGAAUCCUUUCGAACUUUCCAAGUCCAUCCAUGAUUCAGAGAUACUGCCUUCUCCCUCUGGGAUUUUCUGUGUUUGUGGUAGUGAAUUGCUGAUGUAUUGCUACAUUGCUGCUUUUCUUUCAAGAUUUGACCAUUUAAUAUGCUGUUCGGAGAGAAAAACAACUUCUGUUAGGCGAUUACAGAAAUUAUUUUGGAUCUUCUGUAAAAGCUUUUAGAGUUCUUGGGGACAGUAGUUCUCACCCUGGAAUAAGUUUUCUUGAUCUGCAUGGAUUAUUUUACCAGGCUGCGGAAUUUCUCGGCACCCACCUGUAAUGUGGGACACUUGGUUUGGUUGCAGAGUCUGAAAGUGGAAGAAUGAGCUGUACUUGGUUAAGCAAUUCUAACCCUUUUUGAGCAGGAUCUAUAAAAGCAUAAGUGAAUGUGUUUCACCCCCGUGGAUUCCAGUGGCCCCGACAGCACAACAGGUUUGCAGAUUUCUUUUGGAAUUCUUUUUUUUUUUUCCUCCUUUUAUUUCAGCAAAACAAAAGAAUAGAAGAGGUUCAUGUUCAGUAGCUUGACUUUUGAGCACUUAUUCUGAAGACUUUAUAAGAUCUUUUAAAUUUGACCUCGAAACGUAGCAGGCUUUGUGGGUGAAGUGCAUUUAUAGUACUUAAGGGUGCUUAUUUUAAAAUCUUAUUCUGUGUUUAUACAAAGACCCAACAUUCAUAUAUGUGUCUAGAAAUAGCACAGAACUACUCUACUCAGGCAUAAUUGUAGUUUUUUGGGGUGUUCUACUUCGAGCUUAUGACUAGUCUCAUCCCCAAUUCCCCUUUUAUUCUCCACCUUCUCAAGGAAUAGUUCCUUGUUUUUCUUAUGAAACUAAAAAUUUAUAGUUUAUAUCUGGAUAUUAGUUUCUAAACGCACCUAAUGGGAAAUCAAGAAUAAAAUCUGGAAUGCCUAAGAGAAAAAGAAAAACAGUAAUAGAAAUAUGAACUUUAAAUACGAAAAAUAAUUGGAAAGCUAAUCUUUUCAAAUAUUCUAGUUUUGAGAAUUGGAAACGGUGAUGUGCAGGAUUAUCAUGUAAUAUAUGAAGACAAUCUUACCUAAUUUAUAGGCAACUUUUGGUAGAGCACAUAAAAUGUCCAAGUUCAUGAAAAGUAUAUAAAUUCAAUUGACCUAGAAUUUUGGACUUACAAAAUUGAAACACAAUUUAAUCUGAAAACCUUUCUGAGAAAUGCUGUAGCAUCCCUCAAGGUGUGGUAUGAAAUUUUUAAAAAUUAGCUCUUCUAUUAAAAAAUUCCUUGUGGUCUUUAAUUAUUUACAAUUGGACAAUUUUGUGGCUUAAAAUGUCUUAAAUUUUCUGAGCUGGAGUUACUCAUUCUCACUUUCAAUGCAUGGCCCUAGCUGUUUACUUUGCCUUGUUUUGUUCAUCAAUACUGGGUGUAGUGCCUCAGGAACUUGAUGCAUAUGGAACCAACACCAAGUGAUUUGACAUAAGAAAAAUUCACAAUUUGACUUUCAAUCUCAAGUGAAGCUGGAAAUUCCAAAGAGAAGUAGUGUUAUUGCAACGGUCAGAGUGAAGAUGGGAGCAAAUGACAUACCUGCAGCAGAAGUGGGCUGAAAACACCCUCUUCUCUGCCCAAUCAGGAAUGCCACCUGUUCUUGGGAAUAAACUUUAGAGAAAAGAGGGGCCAAUACUAUGGCUUGGCUUUCUGAAACUGAAGCAUGAUUUCUCUUUUCCUCCAUUUAUCUGGAUCUGAAACCUGCGUUUGGUAUUAGCUGGUGGAAGCAGUAUGUAUGGCCAGGGUGCAUUGCUGCAGCUGGUAGCAUGAGUGGUGGCCACCAGCUGCAGCUGGCUGCCCUCUGGCCCUGGCUGCUGAUGGCUACCCUGCAGGCAGGCUUUGGACGCACAGGACUCGUAUUGGCAGCAGCGGUGGAGUCCGAAAGAUCAACAGAGCAGAAAGCUAUUAUCAGAGUGAUCCCUUUGAAAAUGGAUCCCACAGGAAAACUGAAUCUCACUUUGGAAGGUGUAUUUGCUGGUGUUGCUGAAAUAACUCCAGCAGAAGGAAAAUUAAUGCAGUCACAUCCCCUCUACCUGUGCAAUGCCAGUGAUGACGACAAUCUGGAGCCUGGAUUCAUCAGUAUUGUCAAGCUGGAGAGUCCCCGACGGGCCCCUCGCCCCUGCCUGUCACUGGCCAGCAAGGCCCGGAUGGCUGGUGAGAGAGGAGCCAGUGCUGUCCUCUUUGACAUCACUGAGGAUAGAGCUGCUGCUGAGCAGCUGCAGCAGCCCCUGGGACUGACAUGGCCAGUAGUGCUAAUCUGGGGGAAUGAUGCUGAGAAGCUGAUGGAGUUUGUGUACAAGAACCGGAAGGCCCAUGUGAGAAUCGAGCUGAAGGAGCCCCCAACCUGGCCAGAUUACGAUGUGUGGAUCCUCCUGACGGUGGUAGGCACCAUCUUUGUGAUCAUCUUGGCUUCUGUGCUCCGUAUCCGAUGCCGACCCCACCACAGCAGGCCUGAUCCCCUUCAGCAGCGAACGGCGUGGGCCAUCAGCCAGCUGGCCACCAGAAGGUACCAGGCCAGCUGCAGGAGGGCUCGGACUGAGUGGCCGGACUCAGGUAGCAGUUGCAGUUCAGCCCCUGUGUGUGCCAUCUGCCUGGAGGAAUUCUCCGAGGGACAGGAGCUACGGGUCAUUUCCUGCCUACAUGAAUUCCAUCGAACCUGUGUGGACCCCUGGCUCCACCAGCAUCAGACUUGUCCGCUCUGCAUGUUCAACAUCGUAGAAGGAGAUUCAUUUUCCCACUCCCUGGGACCUUCUAGAUCUUACCAAGAACCAGGCAGGAGACUGCACCUCAUUCGCCAGCACCCUGGCCAUGCUCAUUACCACCUCCCUGCUGCCUACCUGCUGGGCCCUUCUGGGAAUUCAGGAGCUCAGCCUCCACGACCUAGAUCUUUCCUGCCAUCGCAGGAGCAAAGCAUGGGACCACGACACCAACGCCUCCCCAGAGCUGGAGCUGCACAUCUCGGGACUCGAGGCGAGCAGCAGCGCCUGGCAGUGGCCCACCACCCCUAUGCACAGAGCUGGGGGCUGAGCCACCUCCGAUGCACCUCUCAGCACCCCACAGCUUGCCCAGUAUCCACACGCCGGGCCAGGCCUCAUGACAGCAGCGGGUCUGGAGAAAGCUACUGCACAGAACGCAGUGGCUACUUGGCAGAUGGUCCAGCCAGUGAUUCCAGCUCUGGGCCCUGCCAUGGCUCUUCCAGUGACUCGGUGGUCAACUGCACGGAUGUCAGCCUGCAGGGUAUCCAUGGCAGCAGUUCUACCUUCCGCAGUUCCCUGAGUAGUGACUUCGAUCCCUUGGUGUACUGCAGCCCUGAAGGGGAUCUUCACCUGGAGGGGACACAACCUAGUGUGACCUCUCGACCCCGUUCCUUGGACUCAGUGGUGCCCAGAGGGGAAGCCCAGGUUUCUAGCCAUGUCCAUUACCACCGCCACAGACACCACCACUACAAAAAGCGGUUCCAAUGGCAUGGCAGGAAGCCUGGCUCAGAAACUGGGGUCUCUCAGUCCAGGCCUGUUGCUUCUCGGACACAGCCCCAGAUGGAGCCACCUUUUCCCAAUCAGCAAGCCAUCAAAUCUAACCCAGCAGCCCCUUUGGGUCAGUUCCCCAACCCACAACGGUCCAGGGCCCCCACAGAGCCAGCCCCUGGCCGAGCUGAAGCUGCCAGUCCAAGCCCCAGUCCCAGCAGUCACUUGCAGAAAUCCAGCCUCCCCAUUCGACACAUACAGAGAAAACGGCGGGGUGGCCCCUCAGAGCCCACACCAGCCUCUGGGACCCAGGACUUGACUGUGCACCCAGCUUGCCAGAUGUUCCCCCAUCACAGCCCUGGCCUGGCAUACCCUUGGCCCCCAGAGGCCCACCCAUUGAUCUUCAGACCUUCAGGCCUGGAGAGGCUGCUACCAGAAACUCCAGGCCCUUGUUACUCAAGUUCACAGCCAGUGUGGCUGUGUCUGACUCCACGCCAGCCUCUGGAACAACAUCCACCUGGGGAGGGGCCUUCUGAGUGGAGUUCUGACAUCCCAGAGGGCAGACCAUGCCCUUACCCACACUGUCAGGUGCUUCCGGCCCAGCCUGGCUCGGAGCAGGAACUUGAGGAGCUGUGUGAACAGGCUGUGUGAGAUGGUCAGGCCUACCUCUGACAAGAGUGUGCUCGUGAUGACUCAGGGUCCUACCAGGCACAGAGUCCUACUCCUGCAGAAGAAAGGAUCUCAGCAAACACCUUGCUCUUCACUGUUCUUCCUGGAACCACUGGAAGAGGAUGGCGAUGGUGGGUGGCAAGAGGUGCUGUUUCCUGUCCUGGCUCUAGACCUUGUCUGCAGAACACACGUGUGCAGUGAGUCUUGUGUCUCACCAGGCAUCAGCUCCUGCCUGUGUGCAUCGUGAGCUGCAUCCCUGAAAGCUUUUUGAGGGCUUCUGCUAGGUGUGUGUGGCUAGGUAUUACAAAGGUGCUGCUCCUUCCCACUGCCCUGCCAGGUUUCCCUCGCCCCGGACCUCAUGAUCUUAGGUGCUGGUGGGUUCAGAUAAAUGCGGGAUCUCUUCUUACCUCCUUCCUCUGGUAAACUCUGCACACCAACUCUGGGUCCUCCCUGGUAAAGCUGUAUUAGGGACAACUCUAGCUUGAUAUUAUCAUUUUCCUUUACAAAAGAACUGAGAGGUUAGGUGAGACCUGACACUAGCUAGUAAGGGAAGUCUCUGCAGGCAGUGCCUGCCUGGUACACAAAGGACAAUGUUCCCUCUUCUUGUCCUUUCAUUGUUCUUAAAUUGUCACACCCACAAACUUAAGCCAGAGUUUGACCAGAGGCUCUGGGAAGCCAGGGCAUAGUUUUGUCCCUGAGGUGGGGGUAGCACCUUGACAAAGCUGGAGUGACACUUUUGCUCUUCAGUCUCCCUCAUCACUCCUGUUGCCCAUUUCUCUGGGGAUGGGAAGUAGGGGGAGGGAGGGAAUAAAUCCUUGGAGAUCCCCUGUGUACAAGUCCUAAGGGGGUGAGAAGGAGAGAAUUUCUUCUGGACUUCAUCUGGGAAGAGAGAAGAUGGAAUGAAAGUGAAAAAGGCAAAAUUACAACUGAGCAAGGACAACCAAGUUCUUCUCCGAGAGAAGUUUUAUCUCAGAGCAGAGAUGAACAGGGGAGCACAAAGGAAAAAUAAAGUGUGACCUUUGGGUUUUGCCCAGCUCCCCAAUAUAAGCCAUAUGGGCCAGGGGCUCACUGGAAGGUGUGCACAUGGAAUGGAACUGGAGCAGAAGUUGGCCUGGGAAGCUUGUAUGGACUUAGGGGCCCUCCUUAGGGUGACAUUCACCCCAGGGCAUCCUGAUCAUUGCUAGUCCAUCAGGCAUUAUUUUUUGCUUGGAAUGUGAAUGUGGGGGCAAAAUGGGCAUAAGACCCUAUUCUGGAAACUUAUUCCCUCAAAGUCAAUUGGGAGAUUAGCGCCCAAGCACCCACAUGGGUAUUUAUAUCUGAACCAGACAGAGGCUUGAAUCAGGCACUAUGUUGAAAAAUGUAUUUAUUUGCUAAUAUAUUUAUCCAUAAAUGUGAUCUGGUCUUGUGGUUUUGUUUUUUGUCAUGGCUGUCACUCAGGGUAACAACAACUUUCUCCAUGGAGAGAAAUAAAUUAUUUCUGACAUCA